CUUUCUCCUUUCGGCCUUCCUCACAUCUGUCAAGAACCGACAAGAUGAAUUUUCUUGCAGCUGCUGGACUCCUGCUGCUGGUGCUGAAUGCGAUUGCAGCUAAUACAACUCCAGCUGUGCCCAAGGAAGUGUAUGCCACUACCGUGCUGUAUCGGCCUCCCACAUUUCGAGAGCCAAAUGGUCCUGCAGAGCCAUUUACCAAUGUGACCGGUGUCGUGGAUGACCGUGGAAUGUGCCAAUGUUCAGUUUACUUGCCCGAUACAACAUUUCCUGUACAGAAGGUGGAAAGCCUUGAAAUUCUGGCUCAGCGGCUCUCAGCAAAAUUUGACAGUGAACUUUCAAAAGUGAGCCAGUACACCAAAUUAAUUGAGCUCUACGAAGAAAGGAUGCUAAAUUUAACCGUCAAGAUAGAGCAUAUGGAGAAGUCCAGCAUAUCUUACACGGCGUUGGAAUUCGAGUUGAUCAAGCUGGAAAUCAGAGAGAUGGAGAGACUGAUUGUUCAGCUGAAGACAUCACUUACUGGAAGCAAUGUGAUUGUGGAGCAGUUGUAUGUUGAGAUUCGGAAUCUGAGCAUCAUGGUGAAUGGACUGGAACAGUUGGAUAAGAAUAACAUCCUUGCGGUUCGCCGAGAAGUCGCAAUCCUGCGGGCUAAAUUGCAAGAGUGUGAACAGGAUCGAAACGAGACUGUCCAAAAUCCCUACUUCCCACCUGGGAACUGUGGUCAUGGCCCAAUUAUGAACGUCAGUCAACCGUAUGUGAUCCAGCUCAACUGGAGAGGGUUUUCUUACAAAUAUGGAGCCUGGGGCAGAUAUUCCUCUCCUCUUAGCCCUGGAAAAGAGCUUUAUUGGGUCGCACCUCUAAACCCUGAAGGAAGAUACCUGGAAUAUUACCGACUCCAUGAUUCCUACGAUGAUUUGCUGCUCUUCAAAUACUCCAGGCAAAACCAAAUUAAGUACGGCGAAGGCAGCGGAAUGGCCGUGCACAAUAAUUUUAUGUAUUAUAAUGUAUAUUCCUCGCAAGAUAUGGGUAAGCUAAAUUUAGCAACCAAUACGUUGGUGUUGAGGAAGGCUCUUCCAGGCGCCGUUUCUAACAAUCGGUUCUCCUAUGCGGGGGUAGCUUGGCAAGACAUGGAUUUUGCUGUGGAUGAGAGUGGGUUAUGGGUUAUUUACUCCACAGAAGCCAGCCAAGGUAACAUCGUCAUUAGCAGGAUUAACGAAAUGUCUCUUGAUGUGUUGAACACGUGGCAAACGAAGCAAUACAAGCCAGCGGUCUCUAAUGCUUUUAUUAUAUGUGGGGUGCUCUAUGCUACUAGGCCUCUGAACACCAGGAAAGAAGAGAUAUUUUACUCCUUUGAUACCAACACUGGGAAAGAAGGGAGACUAAGCAUCAUUGUGGAUAAAGUGCUGGAAACCAUCCAGAGCCUAGACUACAGCCCAAUAGACCGGAGGUUGUAUAGCUACAAUGAUGGUUACCUCGUUCGCCACGACUUAAUUUUCACGGCCCUUCAACCAGAAUAGUUUUCCCAGGGAGAUUCAAAGCUUCAGUCCCCAAAUUCACAAAAAUAUAUUGAAAAAAAAUUGAGAACAAAGGGGAGCAAAGGCUCGAUCCAUUUGCAAAUCAUCAUCAAGCAAAGAGAACGGGUUUUGGAUCUGAUCACUUCGUUAAAAA